AUGAAGAAUCCUAUUGUAAAAGAAUUUCAGAAUAAUGAAAACGAUAAACUUAAUUCUGGAUAUCAAUACGGUCGAAAUUCGAUUACCGAUGAUGAAGAAGACGGUCAAAGCGUUCCGAUUGACAGUAGUAAUAUUGAGCCUAACUACUUUUUCCCAUCAGAUAUUGAUAGCAUAACUUCUUCACAACAAGAAGUUGAUUAUGACAUAGGAGAGAGUUCAAAAGGAAUAAAGUUUUUUAUCCCGAAGGUUGAUGACGCGCUUAAGCCAAAUAUGAAAGCGCAAUAUGCGACUAUAAAUGAAGUCGAAAGGAUGUACAGGGCUUAUGCGGACAACGCCGGCUUUGAUGUUCGCAUGCAUGUUAAAAAGACGAACAAGAAUGGCGAAAUUCAAACUAGGUGGUUUGUAUGCAGCAGGGAGGGAAACCCAAAAAAGAAGGAUUUUGAUUCGUUGUACAUGCAGUCGGGUGAGAGGAGAUAUCGUAAUACAAACAUCAAACGUUGUGGUUGUAAUGCUUGUAUAAAAAUCCAUUUGACAAAGGAUAGGUCUUGUUACGAGAUAUAUGAGUUCGUAGAGGCACACAACGAUGCAUUGUUCAAUAAUAACGAUCGUCGUUUCUCUCGGAAGAAUAGACAGAUGAAGUAUACAUAUUUCAAAACUGAGUUGAGUGCAAUUUUCUGGGCGGAUGAAGUUGCUAGAAUUAACUACAAAGAAUUAGGUGAUGUCAUUUCGUUCGACGGAACCUUUCGCACUAACAAGCAUGCAAUGAUUUUUGUUCCUUUCAUGGCUGUUGACAACCAUAAGGCGUCUGUUGUUGUUGGAUCCGCUCUUAUAAGUGGAGAGACGAUUGAUAACUUUACAUGGGUUCUAGAGGCCUUUCUAAAGUGUCAUGUGAAGCAACCAGUGUUCGUAAUUACAGACCAAUGUUCAGCAAUGAAGCAGGCUAUUCCGAAGGUGUUCACGGAAUCCAAGCAUCGACUAUGUAUGUGGCACAUUAUGAAGAAGGUCCCUUCAAAGGUUAGUGUCGCCCUAAAUCAUGAUCCUACGUUCAAUAAAGUCAUCAACAAGCUCGUAUGGAACAUUCAUAUUGGCCCAUCGGAGUUCGAGAACCGUUGGAAUGAGAUGAUAGAUAAAUACAAUCUAGCUGGGGAUACUUGGUUUACAGAGAUGUAUGAAAUCCGACACUCGUGGAUUCCUGCCUAUUACAAGGACACGCCGAUGUCUGGGCUAAUGAAAACAACCUCAAGAUCUGAGAGUUCGAAUUCGUAUAUCAACAUAUACGAAUCAUACUGGUUUGAUUUGGUGCAAUUCCUUAAUAAUUACGACGUAGCUAUAGAGAUACAAAGAUACAGACAAUCUGUUCACGAAACAGUGACGAGGACGACUAAUCCCAAGUUUGUUACUCUAUUGCGUUUAGAAAGUCAUGCAUCAAGCAUAUAUAGUCGGAACAUGUUUUUUGACAUCCAAAAGGAAAUAAAGAAGGCUGUUUGGUUUUGUGCUAUUGAGACCGUCGAAUGCCGGGAUGAUUUCAAGUCGUUCGUGAUAAGCCACAAGGCCAAGAAAUCAGCUGAUAACAUCACAUAUUUGGUGGGCCGUAAUUAUUCAACAAACACAGUCGAAUGCGAUUGUAACCUAUUUACACGUAAUGGGUAUCUCUGUCAUCACGCGUUCAAGAUACAGUCCGCAAGAGUUCGUUAUGGGGAGGUCAACGCCGAGAAAGAAAAGUCUAUAAUUGAUGUAUAUUCCAAGAUCGACGACAUAAUAAGCAUCGMMMGCAAUGAUCAAKCUAUAUUAGAUAGAUUGGGGCGUAACCUCGAYAAAUUCWUGGUUGAUAUAGAGAAGGAAGUUCCAUACGAAGACCCAUCCCAACAAAAGUUGGAUGCGAUAAGAGAUCAUCUAGGUGUUUCCAUACCUGAUGAGGUGGACAUUCUACCACCAUCUGGAAUAAGGAACAAAGGUUGUGGAACUGGCAAGAGGCUUGUAAGUGUAUCUGAGAAAGUGCAAACUAAUUGCAAAAAGACUAAAUGA